AUGCGUGGUGUGAAAGAUAACAAAAAAUAUUUCGGGGUGGAUGAUUCACUGCAAAAAGCUAUUGCUGUGAUUGAUAGUGCUAAUGAUCAAAUUGGAGAAGUAAUAGCAACCAUGAAUAGUUCUGUUGCUGAAAUAAGCGCCAUUAUUGGAAAUGGUACCAAAAAAGUGAAGCAAGUGCAUACCGAUAUCGUCACGGUUAGCUCUUUUACCCGUUCGUCUAUCAAGAAGUUCAUAGUCUAUCAAUAUGCUAUCAUCUCUUCACUACUAGUAUUUCGAAUAGCUGUCGUUUUAUUGCAGCGCAUUUUUUAG